AUGGCCGAUCUGGAAGCUGUCCUUGCCGAUGUAAGCUAUUUGAUGGCUAUGGAAAAGUCCAGAAGUCAACCAGCUGCUCGUGCAUCCAAAAAGAUUGUUCUACCAGAUCCAAGCGUUCGAAGUAUUAUGCAAAAAUAUUUGGAGAAAACGGGUGAAAUUAAAUUUGAACGAAUAUUCAGUCAACGUUUAGGCUUUUUAUUGCUAAAAGAUUUUGCGGAUAAUAUUUGUGAAACAGCUUGCCCACAAAUCAAAUUUUAUGAAGCUAUAAAAGAAUAUGAGAAAAUGGGAACACCGGAAGAGCGUUUAAUAAAAGCUCGCGAAAUUUACGAUCAUAAUAUUAUGGUUGAAAUGCUUGCCCAUUCACAUAAUUAUUCAAAAAGCUCUUUGCAACAUGUACAGAGAAAUUUAAUGAAAAAUAACGUACAACCGGAUCUCUUUCAGCCGUAUGUGUUAGAAAUAUGCGAGCAAUUAAAAGGUGACAUUUUCCAAAAAUUUUUAGAAAGUGAUAAAUUUACGCGAUUUUGCCAAUGGAAAAAUUUAGAGCUAAAUAUGCAAUUAACAGUAAACGAUUUUUCGGUACAUCGAAUAAUUGGACGUGGCGGCUUUGGUGAGGUAUAUGGAUGUCGUAAAGCGGACACAGGCAAAAUGUAUGCAAUGAAAUGUUUGGAUAAGAAAAGAAUUAAAAUGAAACAAGGUGAAACGCUUGCACUUAAUGAACGCAUUAUGCUUAGUCUUGUUAGCACUGGAGAAGAUUGUCCAUUCAUUGUUUGUAUGACAUAUGCAUUUCAAACACCUGAUAAGCUAUGCUUUAUACUUGAUCUCAUGAAUGGUGGUGAUCUGCAUUAUCACCUUAGUCAACAUGGUAUCUUUUCAGAAAAUGAAAUGUUAUUUUAUGCGGCAGAAGUAAUCCUUGGCCUGGAACAUAUGCAUAAUCGUACCGUAGUUUAUCGAGAUUUAAAACCAGCUAACAUUUUAUUGGAUGAAAACGGACACGUACGUAUUUCUGAUCUUGGCCUAGCAUGUGAUUUUUCAAAGAAGAAGCCACAUGCCAGCGUUGGAACUCAUGGAUAUAUGGCACCGGAAGUGCUUGCAAAAGGUGUCGCAUAUGAUUCAUCAGCUGAUUGGUUCUCAUUUGGCUGUAUGUUGUAUAAACUUCUCAAAGGACAUAGUCCAUUUCGUCAACAUAAAACUAAAGCAGGUAUUAAGAACAGUGAUAUGGAAAAAAUAGCAAUAAAUCAUGACAUUGAUCUUCCGGAUGCUGGUUUCUCACCGGAAUGUCAAGAUUUAAUAGAAGGCUUACUGAAAUAUAGUGUUCCGGAUAGACUUGGAUGUCAUGGAAGAGGUCCGGAAGAAGUAAAAGAGCAUCCAUUUUUUGCUUCCAUUGAUUGGCAAACGGUAUAUUUAAGACGAAUGCCACCACCAAUUAUACCACCACGAGGUGAGGUUAAUGCAGCUGAUGCAUUUGACAUUGGUAAUUUUGAUGAUGACGAAGUGAAAGGUAUUAAACUAACCGAAACUGAUAGUAAAUUGUAUAAAGAUUUCAAUAUAACAAUUUCGGAACGAUGGCAAAAUGAAAUAGCAGAUACAAUUUUUGAAGUGGUAAAUCAAGAUGCUGAUAAAGCUGAGAGCAAAAAACGAGCUAAACAACGAGCUAAACUUGGUAGUGAUGAAAAAGAUUCGGAUGUAAUCAUACAUGGUUAUAUUAAAAAACUUGGUGGACCAUUUACAUCUGCAUGGCAAACUCGUUAUGGUAAACUUUAUCCAAGUCGUCUUGAACUUUACCCUGAAUCACUUACUGGUAAACCAGAGCUAGUAUUUAUGGAUCAAAUUGAGGAUGUCGCUAUUGAUUUACAUAAUGUCAAAGGAGAGCAUUCCAUAAUUGUAAAAUUAAAAGAAGGUUUUAAAGAGACAAAACUGAUUUUCACCAAUCAGGAUGAGAUAUCAUUAGCUGAAUGGCAUACUUCAUUAAGGACUGCUCAUCGAGUAUCGUCCGAAUUAUUACAACGAAUGGGUCGUAAAGCAAUUAAAAUAUAUGGCGUAAAUCAUGAUCCAAUGCUUGAUGAUAAUGAACGUUUAGCUUCCGUUACGAAAGCUCUUCUAAAUCGUACACCUUCUCUUGAUUCCGGAAUUUAA